GCAGUCCGGACCUUUAAUGCGACGCACAGCGAUCACAACGCUGGUAGGAGAAUUAGUCUACUGCGUAUUUAGACUUACUUAAUUUAACAUUUACAGAACAAUCUACAGAUGUCAAUAUUCACGCCAACAAACCAAAUCCGGCUCACGAACGUAGCCGUCGUGAGAAUGAAAAAGGGGGGGAAGAGAUUUGAGAUCGCCUGCUAUAAAAAUAAAGUCAUGAGCUGGAGAUCUGGGGCAGAGAAGGAUCUUGACGAAGUCCUACAGACCAACACAGUUUUCAUAAAUGUUUCAAAGGGCCAAGUAGCAAAGAAGGAGGACUUGUCAAAAGCCUUUGGGACCGACGAUUUGACAGAAAUAUGUAAACAGAUCUUAGCCAAGGGCGAGCUGCAGGUGUCAGACAAGGAGAGGCAGAGCCAGCUGGAGCAGAUGUUCAGGGACAUCGCAACCAUUGUUGCGGAGAAGUGUGUGAACCCUGAGACCAAGCGGCCGUACACCGUCAGCCUGAUUGAGAAGGCCAUGAAAGACAUCCAUUACUCUGUGAAGGCCAACAAGAGCACGAAGCAGCAGGCACUGGAUGUGAUCAGGCAGCUGAAGGAGUCGAUGCAGAUCCAGCGAGCCCACAUGCGACUGCGCCUCAUCCUACCUGCCAAGGAGGGGAAGAAGCUGAAAGAUAAGCUGAAGCCCCUCCUGAAGGUGGUGGAGAGCGAGGACUUCGAUGAGCAGCUGGAGAUGGUGUGCCUGAUAGACCCCGGCUGCUUCCGGGAGAUCGACGAGCUGAUUCGCUGUGAGACGAAGGGGCGGGGCUCUCUGGAGGUGCUGAGUCUGAAAGACGUGGAGGAGGGCGAUGAGAAGUUGGAGUAGCGACCCAUUUGUCACACGGCCCCCAACACUAUGGCAACCAAGCAGAUCUUCAGAAUGCUCCUGCUCUGUUUUAUGAAUGGAUCCAUUUUAUAAUGGAAUAGUCUAAAGAGCCUCUUUUUUGCAAUCAGUGUUUGUGUUUAAAGCUUUUUGUCUUGAGGUAAAAACUCUGAAAGGUUCUGGUUUAAAGGAAUCAAGUGUCAUGUUAAUUUAAAAUCCUCUCAGACUUAUACUCAGUGGGUAUUUGUGGCUUCAGGAAGGUUUUGGGGAGCCAGUACUCUGCUGCAAAUUAACCACAAAUUAUUGGGCAUUUCUUAAAAAUAUUAUCUGUCAGUUUUCUCAUAUUUCAAUGCCAACAGAUAUACGAUUCUCUGUAGCCUCACUUUUAACUUGGGUGUUACUGAAUGAUAUGUCAGCAGCAUCGUAUAAGACUGCUGAUGCCUGUAUAACUAAGCACUAAAUAAGCCUAAAUUAUCCAAAAUGUAAAACUUGUAAUGAAAAUGGAAAAACUGAGUGUAUUUAACAUUGAAGACUAAUAAAAAUGCAUAUUAAGUUUUGUAUAUUGA